AAAAAGUGGGGAAGAAAAAAAAUAAAAUAAAUAUAACGGAUGGCUCGUACUAAGCAAACUGCCCGUAAAUCGACUGGAGGCAAAGCGCCUCGCAAGCAACUGGCUACUAAGGCAGCGCGCAAAAGUGCACCAGCAACUGGUGGAGUAAAGAAGCCUCAUCGCUAUCGCCCUGGCACUGUUGCUCUGCGUGAAAUCCGUCGUUACCAGAAAAGCACUGAGUUGCUUGUUCGCAAGCUUCCCUUCCAGCGUUUAGUGCGAGAGAUUGCUCAGGAUUUCAAGACUGAUUUACGCUUUCAGAGCUCAGCAGUAAUGGCACUGCAGGAGGCUAGUGAAGCUUAUCUGGUUGGUCUAUUCGAAGAUACAAACUUGUGUGCCAUCCAUGCUAAGCGUGUUACAAUCAUGCCUAAGGACAUCCAGCUGGCAAGACGUAUUCGUGGAGAGCGUGCAUAAAUUCAGUAGAAGAAUUUAUUUCCAAAAAAAAAAUCGGUCCUUUUCA